AUGUAUUCAGGCGAGGAAUCAUCCGCCGGCAACAGGUCUUUCAAGAUCGGUUCAAAGGCAUGGAUGUUCACAAAAUGGUCUGGAUUCAACGGGUUUCGGCAGAGCCGUCGCGUUCAGCGUCCUCUUUUGAUUUCUCUUCUUCUCUUUGCAGCUCUCUCCUUCCUUCCUCAUGUGGUCCUUUUGUCGGACGACUGCCGGGGCGGCCUGGGAAACAUCGAAUGGAAGGGUGCCGUAGGAUUAUGUAGCAACCUGGAUGAAGGGGAUGAGCGGAAAAUAUGA